AUGGUCAUUGAAGCUGACCAUAAGCCACACGACUCCUCUCACAGCGCACUUAGUUCAGAAGAUGUUGCGACCGAAGCUGGAAGCAUUCAGGGAGGAGACGCACUCGGUCGCCUGGGAUACAAGCAAGAGCUUCGUCGCAAUCGCUCGGUUCUUACUCUGCUCUUCCAGACAUUGGCCAUUGCUGCCAUUCCCUACGGCGAAGGUGGGCCCCUCAUGAACGCGAUCUACGGAGGUGGUCCCUUGUCCAUCUUCGUCGGUUGGAUCGUGGUUUGUAUUCUCGAUGAGUGUAUAGCGCUGUCACUGGCUGAGCUCGCAUCUCGAUGGCCUACAUCUGCAGGUCCAUACUACUGGUCAUUCCAACUCUCACGAAACGCCAAGACCGUGCUAUCAUUCAUCAACGGUUGGGUCUGGCUCAUUGGCAACUGGACCAUCACGCUGUCCGUGAAUUUUGGCUUUGCAUCGCUGGUCUCCGCCACGAUCUCAAUGUACCAUCCAGGCUGGGCGGCAACGGAUUGGCAGCUGCUCUUGAUCUUCUACGCCGUCUGUCUGGGAUCGUUCUGUAUCUGCGCUUUUGCGAACCGCUACCUGCCCCAGGUGGACAUCGUCUGUGCCACCUUCACGGUGCUCACCAUCAUCGUCAGCCUGGUCGCGUUGUCAGUCCAAGCCGACGCAGGAAGACACAGCGCAGCCUAUGCACUCGGCCACUAUGACAAGAGCCUCUCCGGCUGGGGCGGCUUCACCUUCUUCGUCGGACUCUUACCCGCCGCGUAUACCUUCUCCGCCAUCGGAAUGGUCUCCUCAAUGGCUGAAGAGUGCGCCAAUCCGGAGAUCCACGUGCCCCGAGCCAUCAGUCUCUGUGUCCCCGUCGGUGGCUUCGCAGGCCUAUUCUUCAUCCUCCCCAUCUGCUUCACCCUGCCGCCGCUUGAGGACAUCCUCAAUGCCCCCGCCGCCCAGGCCCUCCCCUACAUCUACCACCGGGUCAUGGGUAGCCCCGGCGGCGGCCUGGGUCUCACCGCGCUCGUCCUGGCCAUCACGCUCUUCUGCUCCAUCAGCAUCACCGUCGCUGCAUCGCGCGCCACCUGGGCCUUCGCGCGCGACGACGCCAUCCCCCUCGCCAGCCUCUGGGCCCGCGUGGAUCCACGUCUCGGCGUCCCCCUCUACUCCCUCGCCCUCCUCACCUUCAUCCAGCUGCUCCUGGGUCUCAUCAACCUCGGCAGCACCAGCGCCUUCACCGCAUUCGUCUCCGUCGGCGUCAUCGCCCUCGCCGUCGCCUACGCCAUCCCCAUCUUCCUCAGCCUCAUGCACGGCCGCAGCGAGGUCGUCAAAGCCCCCUGGAACUGUGGGCCCGUCGUCGGCCCGCUUGUCAACGUCGUCGCGCUAGCCUGGAUCGCCUUCGAGCUCGUCCUCUUCAGCUUGCCGACGGCCCUGCCUGUGACGCGGGGCUCGAUGAACUAUGCCUCCGUGUUGCUGGUGGGGUUCUUGGUCCUCGCAGCGGCUUGGUAUGCGGUGUAUGCGCGGAAAUGUACGUGCCCUUCUUCGCAGGGAUUCGUGCUGUGGUCUGAUGCUAAUCCUCUCCAACUAAAGGGUACAAAGGACCACCUAGGUCUGACGGUCUAUGAAGCAUGGUGUCCACGUGUCAAUGAUUUGGAGGCUUAUCUGUAA